AUGGGACGAACAUCGAGAAAAAACAAAUCUUCUUGGAGAAAAAAUAUUGAUGUGUCGGACGUUGAUCAAUUUAUGGAAGAACAAAGAGAAGACGAACGUGUAAGAGAUGGAGCCAUAUUGGAUACUCAAUUAUUUAUGGAAGAUGAUAACAAACUAAAUUUGAAGCAAUCCCGGAAGAAAAAAUUCCAAGCAAGUCCCAAAUUUUGUACAUCUUUAAAAAACCCUUCCCAAAUUGUGGUACCGGUAGCCAAACUUAACGUUAAAAAGCCUGUUCCUGCAAGCAAACAUUCUAAAAGAAUUAAAAACGUACAGUUAAAAACUAAUAAAACCGAUAUUUGGGAAACUUCCGAUCUGGCAGAGAAAAAAAAGAAAAGUUUGAACGAUGCUGUAAACCAGCAUACUGGCGCACGCACAGAAAAGCAACAGUUAAACAAGAAACAAACGGUCAUACCUAACGUCGAGAUUCCAAAACCAGGUACAAGUUAUAAUCCCGCCCUUGAUGACUAUAAUGAAUUAAGGAUGUCAGUAGUAAAGAAGGAAAAAGAAAUACAUAAGCGUAAAGAACAUUUUGAUCGAGUAAUCACAAACAAGUUCACGAAAAUGUCUAAACAAGACCGUGAUGAUCUGGUUUGGAAUGAAAUGGCCGAAGGUCUGUUGGAAAAUAAAGACAACCAGGAUACGUCGGACGAUGAACGGACAGAUGAAGAAUAUAAGGCCGUAAAUCCACCCGUUGAAAAUAAAAAGAAAAACCGGAAGGCAAAAAACAAAAAACAAAGAACCAUACAAAAACGAAACACUGAAGUCACAGUUAAAGAAGAGUUAAAAAAGUACACGGAUAUCGAAAAGAUAGCGACAUUAAAAUCUGAUCUCAACAAACGUGAAGCGUUGACAAAGAAAAAGCAAGAGAAUAGAGCAAAACGAGUGAAGGACAAACUGUCGAAUCCGCCUCGCGUUUCUUAUCUAAAAUUUGAGGAAUCGGAAGCCGAUUUUGCGGAGCCUACAGAACUUACAGGUUCAUUGAGAACCAUCUGUGCAAAUAGAAGUCUUAUUGUUGAUCGUUUCAAAAGUUGUCAAAAGCGUGCAUUAAUAGCUCCCAAAAAGCACCGUGAUGGUAUACUGCGUAGUAAUAAAUCACGUCUUAAACGUUGGAAACGAUACACUAAAGGAGAUCACAAGGACAACGAAUAA